AUGCUGUCCAACUGGGGAUGGAAAUAUGUUCUUUUCUAUGAUGCUGUGUACAUAGGUUGCUAUACAGGGAGUUCAUCAGAGCAAGUCCUACAGGAUACAUGUUUUUUGGAUGAUGGCGAGAUGACUGUCAUCCAAUGCCAAUCCAGCUGUGCUGAGAGGGGCUAUCAGUAUGCUGGGCAUGGCUUUGGUAGGGGGUGCUACUGUGGCCAUGCCAUCCAGAAACCAAACACUAUACAAAGUAACUGCUACUGUUGGGAAGAUCCAGCUAGUGCCUGUACAGAAACUAACAGACUGACAAUCUACCAUUUGGAACUUAGUCAAGAUUCACCUUACAACUAUAAAAACACAAUUUUCAAAGGCUGCUAUAAGACACCAGACAAUUCAACCAAGGCAUUUCCACUCAUAGCCUUGAUGCCUGCAAUGACUGUAGGAAAAUGUGUAGACUUCUGCACUGAAAAGAAACUUUCCCUGGCAGUUCUGGCAGGCCAGCAGUGCCUCUGUGGGUUUUCCACCGUACAUUUCCCCCUACAUGCUCAGGAGAACAUGAAAAGGUGCCUGUAUCACUGUCCUGGACAGUCACAUGAAAACUGUGGAACACAAAUGUACAAUGUUGUGUAUCAGACUGAGGUGCAAGACAAUCGCUGUACGGACAGAAGUUUCCUCUUUGCUCAACCAAAGCAGCUUAUGGCCUUGGCAAGCUUCCCUGGGUCGGGAAACACCUGGGCGCGUCACCUCAUCGAACUUGCAACAGGGUUUUACACUGGAAGCUACUAUUUUGACAGGUCCCUCUAUGAAAAAGGAUUUAAAGGGGAAAAGGAUAACUGGAAGAGUGGGAGAACUAUCUGCAUUAAGACCCACGAGAAGGGCAAACAGGAGAUUGAGGCAUUUGACUCAGGCAUCCUCCUGAUCCGAAACCCCUACAGAACCCUCAUGGCAGAGUUCAACCGCAAAUAUGGUGGCCAUAUUGGAUUUGCACCCAUGCUUUUGUGGAAAGGAGAAACGUGGGCCAAGUUUGUGGAGGUGUAUGCAGACUUGUGGGCCUCACACACUUUAGCCUGGCUGAACUACAGCGAGCAACUGUAUGUGGUGUAUUACGAGGAGUUGAAGAGGGACAUGUUUAUUCACCUGAGAGGCCUUGUGCUCUUCCUGGGCCUGCCGCUGUCUGUGGACCGUCUGCUUUGUACAGAGAGUCAAAAGAGUGGGACAUUCAAGCGCUCGGGCCUGCUCAAGCUGGAGUAUGACCCCUUCACAGCAGACAUGCGAACCAGCAUUGAUUACCUUGUCAAAAGAGUGGACCUUGCUCUCAGAGCGAAGAAUUUAACCGGGGUGCCGGAUGAGUAUCACCUCAGGUAAAUCAGGGUCGAUAACUCCCAUGCAUCUGGCGUGACACUCACGCUUUCAGCACCAAUCUCACGCUCUCACGCACACGCAAGAAAUGUCACGCCAAAUCCAUUCUUUUUUUUUGCAAUCCGUUCAUUUUUUGUUGAUGACUAGACUAGACCACAGCAUUGUUUCUAAAUGACAGGAUACGAGUUUAAGGCAUACAUAUGUCUAGACCAACCGCAGGUAAACAGCGCAGUUUUAUCUGAUUGUUGAUUUGCUGACUAGGCUAUUUUAAUCCGGUCCGCGACACCUUCACGGAACACGCUGCUAUUUAGACAUGAGGCAGACCGACAUAAAGUGUGGCCGCCCAUUCUUCUCUAGGAACUACUCGCGAAGUAGCCUCACAGACACAUGAAAUAACUUUUUCUUAUCUUUUAUAAGGUGCUAUAGCCGCUAUUUGCUGCGAGAAAAUUAACUUUCAAGAAAUAAUCAUAUUAGGCUACUAGGCCUAUAGCUCUGCGCUCAUUUCAAUUCAUAUAGGUGGAAUAUCUCACAAACUUUUCUUUCCACACAUGACAAACCGUAAACCAGAAUAAACAGCAGGCCUUACCGAACACAAGGUGUAAUGCAAUCCCCUGUACAAUACGUCGUUCCAAAGUAAUCCGGU